AUGUCCCAUAACAAUGCGAUCGUGUCUUCAAGCCAGCUUCCAGAGCGCGUGAAGGCGGCCAUCGGUCUAGUUAAAAAUAGGCGAGAUGAGGCCUUCAUUGCCACCUAUUCGAAAUUCAAAAUCGUCGGUCAUGGCUCUUUUGGGGCCGUAUUUCUUGCUCAGCAAAAGAUCGAUCCUCUGCCUGGCGAUUCGAUUGUCAAUCCAAUCGAUUCUACAUCGCUAGUUGCCAUCAAGAUGGUCUAUCAAGACCGGCGAUACAAGAACGAACAGGACAUUUAUUUGUUCCUGGUGCUGGAGUACCUUCCUGAAACGCUUUUCUACUUGUCCCAGACCCUUCAAAAAAACAGGCGCAUCAUUCCCAUCGAGGAUUUGAGGGUAAAUCGCCCAAUCGCAAAGCUUUUAAUCAAAGGCGAACCCAAUGUUUCAUACAUCUGUUCGCGAUACUACAGAGCCCCCGAACUGUUGUUAGCUUCCACCAACUAUUCUUAUGCCGUUGACCUGUGGUCCGCGGGAUGUGUCAUGGCUGAACUGAUCCUAAAUAUUCCGAUAUUCCCGGGCACCAAUGAUCUUGACCAAAUGCUUCAAAUCAUCCGAGUUUUGGGUUCCCCCUCGCAAGAGGAUCUUGAUGCCAUGAACUCGUCUCAAAUGAGCUUUAAAUUCUCCACGAUCCUUCCGGCACAAUUUUCUGGUGAUCCAUUAUUGGUUGACUUUUUGUCUGCCUUGCUUAGAUAUUCUCCGCUUAAGCGGAUUAGUGCAGUAGAUGCGCUAUUGCACCCCUUUUUUGAAUCAAUUCACAAGGAAGACUAUCCCCCACUGGAGCACGACAAUUUAAACCAGCUAAAAUUCAAUGCAAACCUCAGGAAGCUCGAGUUACUUGGAGAGACCGGAACGCUUCCCCAGUUUAUAGAAUCACCCACGCCCACGCAAAGUAGAUCGUCCCUUACAUCAGGCACCCCAUAUCCUCCGGUUUCCUGA